AUGUCGGAAAUUCUCGACGACAGCAUUCUAAACUCUGAAGAUACUCCGCAAAACAACAUCGAACUAGGAUGUGCUGCUACGGGAAGAAUAGAUCUCAACGAAGACGAAAUUGCGGAAUUGUUAGGUGACGGGAGAACGAAUGGAGAAAAUAACGAGCCGGCUGCUGAAAAAGUGGUCAAUGAAGUGGAAAUGGCAGAAGAAGAGAUCAACUAUAAUCCUGAUGCUUCAUCACCGGAAAAUACUCCAAAUGUAGAUGCAGAAACUGUUGAAAAUAAUGUUGCACCAGCAGAAGAAGUAAUGGACGAAGACGCCCUUCUAGCUGAAAUUCCGCGUGAAGAAGACGCCUCUGAUGAAGGAUUUGAGGAAGUGGGAAACGGUGUGGUCGACGAGGAGGAACAAGAAGAAGAAGCCAUCUCUGCAGAUAGCACAACUGAAAAUGUGGAAGAAGUUGCUGUCGUAGAGAAUGAUGUUCGAGUAGAAAUUCUACUGGAUUCAGAUGGUGAUGUAGUAGAGGAGGAUAUAAUUCACAUGGAAACUGUUGAUGGAAACACCUCUCGUAAACGUAAUGCGGAAGUAAGCAGUCCGCGAUUUCCAUCAAGCAAACGUCAAAAAAAUCAAAUAGCAAGUGCCGAACCGUUUAUAAUUGCUCGAGAAGAAGCAAUUAAUUUGAUUACAAGGAUUUAUGGAAGCUGGGAUGAACAACUGAGUGUUCCUCGUCUACGUAUCCUAAAUGACAUGAAACACAAAAAUUUUAAGCAUUUAGUAGAUUUUCAGACGGAGCAAACAAACAAAUUACACAGUGAAGUGAAGAGGCUAAAAGAGGAACUAGUGCAAGAACGGGUAGCGCAUGCAACGACGACAGAAGCCCUCAGGGAAUUGACUGAUGAAGCAAUACGAAUGAGAAAACAAAUUACUAGACUGAAAUCAACGCUCACUCAACCAAGAACUGAUCAACUUAUUCAACACCGUGCACAACAACACGCAUCAAUUAAUCAAGCUGCCCCUCCGUCGCGGUACAGUAUUCAACAUCAUCCAGCGAAUAUACCAAAUGUCAGUCAACAUCCACAUCAUGUUCAACAGCAAAUGCAACAACAAAUGCAACAUCAACAACAACUUCAACAACGUCAUUAUCAUCAUCAACAACAACAACAACAUCAUCAUCGACAACAGCAACAGCAAAUGAGAUACAAUUUGCAAGCAAUUGCACAGAGAAGAUCAACCGGACAAAAUGCUCCACAGUUCAAUGGCGCUCCACAUGGAAACGUGUCAAUUGUGCGUGGCAAUCCAAUCCCGUCAUUAAUGUUGAGACCCCCACCACAACAAGAACCCUUCAAUUUGAAAUGGACCCCAAUACCACAACCAAAUGGAAUGGGUCACACCGAUACAAAUGGUGUUCGCACUGGAACAUUUGGACCACCGCUUAUCGAUGCUUCCAAACCAAAUGACAACACCUUGAAAUUGCAUGUACCAUAUUGUCCUGCAAAUAACGUCAUUUCAAGUGGAGAUUCAGCACGUCUCCCAACAGUUCCAAAGUGCUUUGAAACUCUUCAUGCAUCACCUGACUUGACUGUUCAUAUUGUAUCGACGCCUGUGGAUUUCAGAGAAACUUGGCAGAUUGCAGGAAAGAUUAAUUAUGAGUAUUUGGGAAUGUUAGACAAAACGACGAUCCAAGUAUAUGUACAAGUAUCAUCUCUAAAAUUCGCCGGAAUGAGCGGAGCACCGAUCCCAGAGAAUCCGAUGAACGCCAUAGAUUGGGGAAUUUCGAAAAAGUGGCCUUGCAAAGCAAAAUCACACAAGUUCCGUGUCGUCUUCCAUCAACAACAAAUGCUACCAGUCAACGACCGGCUUACUGUUAUUGCGGUGGCAACUAAUCCUGAAGCUGGAACUAUUCAAGUCUCACAGGUAAAAAUGGUGAAUUUGUUCCCAAAAACUGUCGAAUCCGAUGAGGAGAUGGAAGUUGACGAAUCGGACGAGGAGCAAGUCCAAGAUGAAGCUGUAACUGUUCGAAAGAAGAAGAAGAUUGCCAACGCGGCAGAAGAAUUCGCUCAAGAUUUCGUUUUCGAAUCGGACAAUCUAUUUGUUGAUCGAGAAACCGAAGAUCUCCAGAAGUAUCUCAAAAAACAAAAUCCCACGUCACUCGAUGAGAAAAUUGCUGAAAUGAGAAAACUGAAAAAUACUGGAAGUGCAGUGGUUGUAGAGGAUGAUGACGUGGAUAGAGAUGAAGAAGAUGAUGUACAACAAUUGGGUGGAAAAGAGACACGGGAUACUGUCAGAGAGAAGAAAAAGAGUGGAAAAUCGAAAAAGUCGAAUGAAAAUGACGAUUUCUUCUCGGCACUUAUCGAUGGGAAAAGUUUGGAUACAAAUGUGAACGUCUCUUUUGAACAAAUGAAUUUGAGUCGACAGAUUUUGAAGGCUUGCGCUGGAGCAGGUUACACGGAUCCAACUCCGAUUCAACAGGCUUGUAUUCCGGUCGCGCUCUCUGGAAAAGACAUUUGCGCCUGUGCUGCCACUGGUACCGGUAAGACUGCGGCAUUCGUUCUCCCAAUCUUGGAACGUAUGAUUUAUCGUCCGAAAGGGGGCAGCUGUACUCGAGUUCUUGUUCUCGUGCCAACCCGGGAAUUGGCUAUCCAAGUGUUCCAAGUUUUCCGUAAACUUUCCACUUUCAUUCAAUUGGAAGUUUGUCUUUGUGCAGGUUCGUUAUUGGGAAAUAUUUUCAUUUUUAUUCUUGUAAAAAUGGAAACAAAAAAUUAA